CUAGAAUUUAAAAUAACAAAUGAAACACUAAAAUCUGUCCAGAGACAGAAGUAGCCAAACUCUCAUCUCGAACACAUCGACUCGAUGUGAAGAACUGUGAAACAUCCAAAAUCCGUCUUCUAUAGCUAGGAAUCCCAAAAUUGAAACUCAAAAUCGAUCCUCUCUAGCUAGAAAUCUGUCUAGAUAUAGAAAUCCCAAAUCAAAAUCCCUCAAAAAUCUCACCCAAAUCAAAAUCCCUCAAAUCAGAAUGUGAAUUCGAUUGGGUGUUUAUGAUACUUGCCGGAAACUUCAUUUUGAAGCUAAAUCUCAAGAUUGAAAGCUUGUUUGACGAGUUUUGGUUUGAAUUUUUGAAUCAGAGUGUGCGAAGAAGAAGACCACUGCUGCGGAAGUCGAUUCAAAGCUUCUUCAACUUUGAGAAAAAGAAUGUGUUCAAGUCAAAAAUCACUGUCCAUCUCACAGUGCAGUGACUAGGUUCAGACCGAGUUUGAUAUUUCUCCGCAUAAGCCCUGUAAUUUCGCAAGGCUCCACUUGUGGGAUUACACUGAGUUUUUUGUUAUUGUCUUAUAAUUUCGUAAGGAACAGGGAGGCAGCUUAUUUCUAGUUGUUCAGAUAUGAUGGAUAAAAGUUGGUUGAAUAUUAGGAAUAGAGUCGACCAAAGAUAUAGAGAUGGAGUAGACAACUUUCUUAAUUGGGCAUUCAGUCAACCAACGGUGAACACUAUGAUUCGGUGUCCUUGUAAAGGGUGUCUGAAUACCGUGUUCAAGUUAAGGGUUGGUGUAAGAGGAGAUUUAUUGAAGAAGGGUUUUUGUGAUUCUUAUAAAGUGUGGGACUUGCAUGGAGAAGUGUUAGUUAGAGUUGAAACUUCUAAGACUGCAAUUAGUGAUGAAGCGGAAGAUGAUAGCAUUGAAGAGGAUAAUAUUACUGAAAUGAUUCACGAUGCUUGUGGAUAUACGAAUGUGGAGGAUAAUAACAAUAAUUCAGAGGACAAUGAAGAGCCAAAUGUACAUGCAACAAAGUUCUACAAAUUGUUAGAAGAUGAUGAGACAGAACUUUAUCCUGGUUGUAAAAAAGUUUCGAAGUUGUCUUUUAUUGUUAGAUUACUUCACUUGAAGUGUCUUAACCAUUGGAGCAAUAAAUCGAUGGAUGCAUUAUUGAGCUUUUUCAAAAAAGUUCUUCUCGAGGGGUCAUUUGUACCUAAUUCUUUCUAUGAAGCAAAGAAAGUUCUUUGUGACCUCGGCUUAGGGUACACUAAAAUAGAUGCAUGUCGAAAUGAUUGUAUUUUAUAUUGGUGUGAUUAUGCCGAUGUCCAAGCAUGUCCUAAGUGUGGUAAGUCUAGAUGGAAGUCCGAAGAACAUGGAGGCAAGAAAGUAGCUCAUAAAAUCUUGCGGCAUUUUUCAAUCAAACCAAGGCUUCAAAGAUUAUAGAUGGCAAGAGAAACAACAACAAAAAUGAGGUGGCACAAGGAGGGAAAUGUUGAUGAUGGUGUCUUGCGACAUUCAUAUGACUCAAUAACAUGGAAAUCCUUUGAUGCACAACAUCCCACCUUUUCAGCUGAGUUAAGAAAUGUUCGAUUAGGUUUGGCGAGUGACGGAUUCCAACCUUAUGGGAACAUGAGUUCUAAUCAUAGCAUUUGGCCAGUCGUACUAGCUACGUAUAAUUUGCCACCAUGGGAUUGCAUGAAAAAUCCAUAUUUCAUAAUGACGCUUCUUAUUCCGGGCCCCAAGUGUCCAGGCAAUGAUAUUGAUGUAUAUUUACAACCAUUGAUUAAAGAGUUGCAAGAAUUAUGGGUCGGGGUGGAGACUUAUGAUGCACACUCAAGAUCUAGUUUUUUUAUGUGUGUGGCUAUCAUGUGGACGAUCAAUGACUUUCCUGCAUAUGAAAAUCUUUCAGGAUGGUCAACUAAAGGCAAGCUUGCAUGCCCUUGUUGCCAUAAAGAUACACAAUCAACUUCCUUGCGUAGUAAGUUGUGUUAUAUGGGUCAUCGUCGCUUCCUUCCCAUGGACCAUCCAUGGCAGAGAAGUAGGACGUUAUUUGAUGGGAAAGUUGAAAUGGGAGUUGCACCUAACCCUUUAACUGGUGAUGAAGCACUUGUGCAAUUACAAGAUUUGGGUAAUGUGAGUUUUGGUAAAGGACAAAAGAGAAAGCGUGAUGUUCAUAGCAAUGCUUACAAUUGGAAGAAGAAAAGUAUCUUUUUCCAAUUGCCUUAUUGGAAGAGUCUUAUGUUACGACAUAACCUUGAUGUGAUGCACAUAGAAAGAAAUGUGUCCGAUAAUAUUUUAUCAACUGUCAUGAAUAUGGUUGGUAAGACAAAAGACACAUUGAAAAGUAGAUAUGACUUGAUGGAUCUUGGAAUCAGACAAAGGUUGCAUCCUAUUGAGGAUGGGAAUAAUAUUUUGUUACCUGCAGCAUGCUAUGCAUUAUCCGCGGAAGAGAAGCUGAAGGUGUGCAAUUUCUUAGCUAAUCUGAAGGUUCCUGAUGCAUUUUCCUCAAACAUUUCAAGGUGUGUCAACGUACAAGAGAAAAAGAUACAUGGAUUGAAAUGUCACGAUCAUCAUGUAUUGUUGCAAGACAUUUUUCUAGUAGCUAUACGUGGUUUUCUACCCAAGGAAGUGUGUGAUCUAAUUAUAGCCUUAGGAAAGUUUUUCAAGAAUAUAUACUCUAAGUGUUUGACGAUUGAAGAUCUUGAUAUCGUAGAGGUAGAAAUUCCUGUUAUUUUGACCAAACUUCAACUUGUUUUCCCUCCGGCUUUCUUUGAUGUUAUGGUUCAUUUUCCAAUUCACUUGCCAAGUGAGGCAAAGCUUGGUGGACCAGCUCAAUAUUGGAAUAUAUAUCCUAUUGAGAGGUAUCUACGAACACUUAAGUCAUAUGUUCGCAACAAAAAUCGUCCAGAAGGUUCAAUUGCAGAAGGUUAUUUGGCAGAGGAAAGCCUCACAUUUUGCUCACGAUACUUGAAGAAUAUCUUAACAAAGUUCAAUAAACCAACUAGGAAUGACGAUGGAUCUGUGUCAAAUGAUGAGAUAUAUAUCUUUAAAAAAAGUGGGCAAACAAAGGGUGCCUCAGACGACAUCAGGCUAUCUCAUGAUGAGUUUAAACAAGCAUGUAUGUAUGUGCUUCAAAAUUGUGAAGAGGUUUCGCAUUUCAUGGAGUAAGUCUCUUAUUAACUUCAAGAUAGUUUCACAUUGAGAUAAUUUGAAUCCGAUUUAUCUUAGCUAACUUAAAAUGUAGGGAAUAUACAAGCGAGAUUGAAAGCCAAAGUUCAAUGAGAGUUCAUAAAAAUGGGUUUCUUGAUUGGUUUCGUGCACGUGUAGGUGCAUGUCUACUCAAAUAAUAAUAUUGACAUUAGUUUAUUCAUCCCAUCAUGUUAUUGGUCAUAACAAUAUUGUUCGUCUUUGUAGAUAUUUGUACUAUCUGCACAAGGAAGUGCAAAGGAUGAGCUCAUAAGCUUAGCCGUCGGUCCUACACCAUUAGUACAUCGAUAUUCAACAUUGUGGUGAAUGGAUUUAGAUUCCAUACAAAAGAGCUUGCAUUGAGAAGAAAAACGUAGAAUAGUGGUGUGCUUGUGAGAGGAGAUGAUUCAGACUCUAAUAAGGUGUAUUAUGGUGUAUUAGAGGACAUUUAUGAGUUAUCUUAUGUGGGAAACAGAAAAGUUUACUUAUUCAGGUGUCAUUGGUGGGAUGUGGCUCGCUUGGGAAGAGGAUAUAAGAUUGACAAAUAUGGUUUCACAAGUGUGAAUAUUCGGUGUGCCUUGAAUACAAAUGAGCCAUUUGUGUUGGCAUCUCAGUCAGAACAAGUCUUUUACUUGGACGACAUGGUCGAUAAUGAUUGGCUUGUUGUUGUGAAGACAAAUCCUCGUGACCUUUUCAAAAUUCCUGAUAAUGAUGAUAAUUGUGUAGAUAUUGAAGAUGAAGAAUUACUGAAUGAAGAAGUUUAUCAACAAGAGGAAGCUGAAUUUAAUACUUUGUGCACCAAUGACCAAGAAAAUAUUAUUGAGGUGUCUCUACUUAGGGAUAAUGUUGAAUCACAAAGUAUUAACUACGAUUAUGCAAGUACGCAAGCUGAUAUCGAUGUGCAUAAUGAGGAAGAUGAUUUCAUUAAUGGCAAUCAUAUAGAAAUAUCAUAGAGUGAAGAUAGUGAAGAAGAGUUAUUUGAUGAUGAUGAUGGGGAGGACACUGAUACAUCCUCUUGAAGACUAAGAAGCAAAAGACGAAUGAUAUAAAUGUUACAUCCUAUUUUGAAAAUUCUCUAUAUUUUUGUCCAUGACUUUAUACUACCCCAUGUAUUUGUUUGGAACUGCCAAUGAACCAAAAAUUAUUGAUGCUUGAAUCUUUAUAUUUCUUUUUUGAUUCUAUUCGUGAUGCUUGUAGCUUUAUGUUGUAUUGGUCUUCCGUUAUAUUGGUAUAAUGUAUAGGUGGAGUAAUGAAUUGUGUUAAAAGAAGGGAUCUGUUGUUCUAUGUGCCUGCUAAUUUGGGUGAAAAGGGUUGACCAUCAACUAACAAACAGUAGAGCUUUCUUUACUUUAGUAUCUAGUGAGGCAUGGACAUAUGUCCCCUUUCUAUAGACAUCUGAAGUUAGAAAAUAAGUGAAUUAAUAUUUUCUCUAUUCUGAUCAAUCAUUUUCUUUUUAUGUUUUA